GGGUUUCUCCCUUCCCUCCCUUCUGAAGUUUUCUGUCCCGAGAGAAAGAUGAAGAGGGCCUCCACGUCAACACAAGUCGGCGUCAAAAGCCUAGCCGAGCUCUUCGCCGAAGCCAAGUGCGUCGGCAGCGCUCACGAGUACGAGGCCGAGUGCGUCGCUGGCGGCCUGACGCUGGAUUAUUUGCUCGCUUCGAAGGUGCUGAUAGAGGACUUCCCCAGGGUUGUGUGCCACAGUGAUCGGAUGGCAAUAUUGGCGGCACUAGAGGGCACCAAGCGGAUCAAACGGGGAGAGACCAAUGUGGCGCUGGGGGAGAGUGGUGGGUCUGCUGCUGCUGGGAAGGGGGAGGGGCCAAUCAAGCUGAGGUCUGCUGACAUGGUUGAUGUUAAGCCGGUCAGUCGACACUGGGCCUACCCUCGAUGAAAGAUGAGCCAAGGGAUCGUGGUGGGUAUGGUGAAUGGACUCACAGACAUGAUGUGUUCGGUUCGUGUCGCCUGACCUUACUGAAGUUUCUACGGCCGGAUGAGACGCAUAAUGCUGCAGCCCAGCCCC